UACGGUAUUUGACACUGGAAGCAAUACGGCUCGUAAGCUGUCCGCCCUGAGCUGUCAGCGAGAGGGGUAUGUCUCCCGCCUGGAAACAGCGCGGCCCCGGUGAGACGUCAGGUCCUAAGUGCAGGCAACCAGGACAGCCAGCUACAAUUCAAAAAUGCAUUCAUGACUCAAACCAGUGGACCAAUGAAAGGAGAUUUCAAGCAACGUACCCUCCUGAAGGCUACAGGACAUUUGGAAAGCCACCACUGCAUCCUGGCCAUUUUGAUGACCCCCGAUAUUACCAUGGAAACAAUGGUUUCCACACUACCCAUGCUGAGAAUAGCCCUGUGAGGCCGCGCAUAGUAACCGUGGUGAAGCCAGGUGGGAGGACACACCUGAGAAAGAUCACCAUCCUCCUCAACAGGCGCUCGGUGCAGACCUUCGAGCAGCUUGUUGCCGACAUUUCCGAAGCCUUGGGCUACCCCCGCUGGAAGAAUGACCGCAUUAGGAAGCUUUUCAACCUCAAGGGCAGGGAGAUCCGAGGAGUCUCGGACUUCUUCCGCAGCGAUGAGGUCUUUGUGGCCAGCGGGAGGGACAAACUGUCCUUGCAGAACAUUGAGGAAGUGCUGGAGGAGCUGUACCCGGACAGCCCUCGCUAUCACGGUGCUGUGCUGCAGGACUGGGAGAAGGCCCUCAGGCCGGCGGUCAACGCCUCCAAGGCUGACAGCGGCUUCCACGAGGAGCCAGAGCCUGUCCGAAAUCUUGUUCCGCAAGCCGCUGACGGUCUGCGGAGGUUCAGAGACAAAGCCUGCCCAGAGGACAGGCUGAGAGCGAAGCAGCGGGAGAAGGCCAGAGGGGAGGGCCAGCGGAGUGAAAAGUCCCAGACGAGAAGAGUCAAGGAAGGCUUCCUUCUCAAAGACAAGCUCCAAAAGCUCAACGCCAUAUACUGCCCCAACACAAACUACUGCAAGAACUGCACAAGGACUCGAGGUGGGAGGCAGCGGGACGACCCGAUCAGAGGAACAGACACGUGCGCUAACAGAGAGGGUCAGGUGGAGGAGAAGGAAAAGUCCCCGGAGAUAGGUCGAACGCCACAAAGGUUCUCACGCGGUGUCCACCAGCGUCCACGGUCACCACCGUGGGAGAGGCAAAGCAGCAGGGAACACGACAUCAGGAGAUCCCAGGAACGUGGAGACAGCAUGCACUUCCAUGGACAAAAGGAAACUGUGAGCAGCAAGAAGCCCGAAGGGGUGCAGGAGGUGCGUGAUGGAACGUCAAAUGAAAUCAGAGAGCCUCCAGUGGCAGAGGCAGAGGAUGACAAAAUGGCCCAGGAUGCUCUCCAAGGUGGCCAGGGUAGCACAGAGAAUAGCAAUAGCUUCGCUCCGCUUGUGUUGGAACCCUCGCCCAAAGAACACGGGGACGUGAUUUUGCACGACCCACCGGCAAAUAGAGGAGAGGAGAAAAAGGAGCAAGGGGAGAACCGUGACCCCGGAGGUCCGCCUGAAGACCCCGACGCCCUUCUCCCCGCCGGCCCCGCGAUCACGCGCAGCGCCAUGGAGCACCACUACGAGAUCGGCCGCGUCAUCGGCGACGGCAACUUCGCCGUGGUGAGGGAGUGCAGGCUGCGGACCGGCGGCGGCACCCCCUAUGCCAUGAAGAUCAUCGACAAGGAGAAGCUGAAGGGCAAGGAGCAGAUGAUCCUGAACGAGAUCUCCAUCGUGCGCAGCCUCUCGCACCCGCACGUGGUCCGCCUGCUGCGCGACUACGAGACCGAGGACCAGAUCUUCCUGCUCAUGGAGUUUGUCCACGGCGGGGACCUCUUUGACGCCAUCACCGAGAGCGUGAAGUUCUCCGAGCACCACGCCUCCCUCAUGGUCAAGGAUGUGUGCGAGGCCUUGACCUACAUCCACAGCAAGAACAUCGUACACAGGGACCUGAAGCCAGAAAACCUCCUGGUCCAGCGCAACCCGGAUGGCAGCAGCUCGCUGAAACUGGCUGAUUUUGGCCUGGCCAUGGUGGUCACUGAGCCCAUCUUCACUGUGUGCGGGACCCCCACCUACGUGGCCCCGGAGAUACUGUCAGAGAAAGGGUAUGGCUUACCUGUGGACAUGUGGGCGGCCGGUGUGAUCCUCUACAUCCUGCUCUGCGGCUUCCCUCCGUUCCGCAGCCAGGAGAAGGAUCAGGAUGAGCUGUUCGAGCUGAUCCAGCAGGGGGAGUAUGAGUUCCUCACCCCUUACUGGGACAACGUUUCUGACGGUGCCAAGGGCCUGGUCAGAGAGCUGCUUGUGGUGGACCCUGCAGCAAGGCUGACCGCUAGGCAGGCGCUGAGCCACCCGUGGGUGCAGAAUAGAGGGGAGGAAGGCAGCCUCCAGCAGGAGGCGACGAUGGGCAGUACAAACCGCCCACCUGUCCAGGACCCCAUUUCAAGCCAGUGAUCCAGAGAACAACAACGCUGGUGAAACAGACAUGGGUACAGAGCGAACGAAUCAAAUUACUGACUCCUCGGAGGUGGUUCCGUUUGCCACCGUAACGAGUUUGUUUACAUUCCUGUGGCUUCAGCCCCUGCAAUUCCAGGAUGCCACCAUCCCCCCAAAAGAGUAAAACUCAACUGAUACCAAGACUGUCUGUCCUGGAGGUAAACCCGGAGUAGGGGGUUGUAGUGAUGAUUUAAUGAAACAAGGAUGAAUAGGCCAUAUUCACAUGCAUGUCAGAGGUAGCGGGUCUCCUUCUGUGAGUAAUGAUGAUUUAGCUGAGUGCCAAUGACAUCAUGCGGAUAGAACUGACACGGCAUGAUGCUGCAGAGAAACCAUUCAGUCACCUGUCACACGUCCAUACACUCUGCU